AGUUCAGGUACUCUUUUGUCAAUGUGUCACAGGUAAGCUAGGGACGGGACGCCAGGGUUUAUUUUCCAAAAUGGCAGUUCAUGCUUGGCCACGGAACCUUCAUUUCCUGGUUUCGUUUUUUUUGCUUGUAUCAUCUCCAUUGACUGUGAGAUGUUUAGAGCAGUUCUAUGGUACAUGUGGCUCCACCUAUGACUUGAUGCAGACGAACACACAGUCUGCUAUACUAAAGGUGGACAUGCCAUCUGACAUGAAGAUGUAUCAGGACCCAACAAGAGAUAUCAAGUGUGAUAUUAUUUUGACCUUCACCCAUGGCAUGAACCUUCUGAUUGAUCUUUACUUUGUGGAUAUCAUCCCACUAUCCAAUGACAGAAAGUCUUGCCCAACUGGACUGGAGAUAUUUGAUCAAACAGGAAGAAAAUAUUUUGGUAGCCGUAUAUGUAUGGAGGCCUGGGAAUGGGAAGAGAAACAUCAACAGGCAGCAUAUAAACCAUUGGUUGUUGAAAGCUCACCUCUCACUUUCCGUUUAGUUAGUGACGGACCCUACAAGGGUCAAGGUUUCAGGGUGCAUUUAAAUCAGUUUAGACCUUACUGGCCUUGUUUUACAAGAGAGUUCAGGUGUGAGCAGGUACAGCGAUGUGUACAUGAUGAUCUGACCUGUGAUGGCUGGGAUGACUGUGGUGACUUCUCAGAUGAGAGAGUGAAUGCCGGCUGUCACCUUUUGACCCCAUCAGAAAUAUGUGGUAUCAUUAUUGGAGCAAUACUUCUUAUAGCCACUGGUGUUGUAACUGUCUGGUUUGUCAUUACAUACACGAGAUUAUCUAAAGAGUUUGGGUUGAAGAUAUCUGAAUCAAAGAUGCCUAUUGCUCUAAAUGAAUCCAAGGCCAGUAUAGAUCCCAGCUUGACAUUCCCACGUCGAUACAACUCUAAAGAGUCACUUAGCAAAAUUUCUCGCUCCACUGCUCCUACGGCAGCAAACAAGUAUUACUCUAACAAUUCCUUGGAUAAGGCAGAUUUAGAAAAGGCUGAAAGCCUUUUACUUGGUUACAGAAUGACAAAUGACAACAUGUCUGAACGCUCCUAUAGAUCCAACCCUAAGAAGGCUUUGAACAAUACAAAUCAAAACGAUGUCAUUGCUGAACCUAUUCAGAAAACUGGCCAAUACUCUGCAAGAAGGGGGCGUAAUGCUUCCCAGACAAGUCUUAAUCGCGAAAAGGGUAACCCACCCUUUGAAAAUGGCCAAGAAAAAGAGAGGAGAUCUCAAGAGAAAGAUGGCAGCGAUGAUGACAGACGCAGAAGACGAAGUCGGGAUAGGAGUCCACGUAGGGACAGAUAUUACAGUGAUGAUGACAGUGACUAUGAUUACUAUCGAGGUCGCAGGCAUCGUAGGCGAAGCUAUGAUCGCUAUAGUGAUGAAGAUAGUGAUUACGAAAGAGAGAGUAGGCGCAGGAGCAGAGAUAGAUACAGAGACAGAUAUGAUGAUGAUAGUGAUCAAGAUUCUGACCGAGCCUACAGACGCAGAGACAGCCGUGAAAGGGAUAGAUACCGAGAUGAUGACAGGGGGCGUGAUAGUCGUGACAGAGAUAGAUACAGAGAUGAGGAUAGAGAUAUCCGUGAAAAGAGCAGAGACAGAGAUGAUGAUAGGAGGCGUGAUAGCCGUGAGAGGGACAGGUACAGAGAUGAGGAUAGAGAGCGUAGAAGCCCUCCAGAUGACAAAAGACGAAGCCCUGAUGAUGAAUAUGAUGAUGAUCGUCGUAGGCGACAUCAAAGAAGCAGAAGUGGAGACAGAAAGAGAGAUUCCUACGAUGAUGAUGACAGGAGAAGAAACCGCGGGAGAAGUCCUGACAGGCGGCGAAAUUACUCACCACCACCUUACCCAGGCCAGAAAGAAAAUGUUGGGCCUGGUGAUGAUGCUCCUCUUCCACCGCCUCCUUCUGGUGAAGAAAUUCAUCGUAUGGAAUUGGCCAAGCAACUAGCUGAUCAAGCAAAAUCAGCAGGGCAACCCUCAAAAGCAAAGUUGGAUUCUGCUCAAAAACCAAAAGAAGAAAUUCCUAAAAUACCAGAUUUACCCAAAUAUGAACCUCAGAAGUCUGUGACCGAAGUUCAGAAAAGGGAACAACCUAGAUUGGAAUCUGAGCCUUCUAGAUCAUCUAAGGCUCCAUCAAGGCAGUCUCAUGAACCAUCAAAGCGUCAGAAUGAUCCUCCAAAACAGACAUAUGAUCCACCAAAACAGACAAAUGAACCUCCAAAGCAGACAUACGAUCCUCCAAAGCAGACAUACAAUCCUCCAAAACAGACAUAUGAUCCUCCAAAACAGCCUUCUGCUCCAAUACAAGAUCCUUCUGAACAACUCAAAGCUGUUUCUGAUCCACCCAAGUCUCGCUGGGAACCACCAGCUAAGAAACGAGAGCCACAAAGACAACCACCUGAACCAAUAGAUGAAAAUGUUCGCAAGCGCAACACCACUGACAGAAGAGAAAGGUACUCAAAGAACCGCUGGACACCCAAAGAGAACAAUCGUAGCCAAGAAUCACCUCCACCAGAAUAUGAGGAUGUAUCUCUGCCGCCAACAACUAAUAUAAAAAUAAACUACAGAGAGGAGUCUGUAUAAUGUUAGCAGUAGAAAAUGUUGAGCGCCAACUUUACAUUGAACUAAAAAUUUGACAGAAAUCAAUAAUAGUUUUGAACCUAUUAGUUUUUAUACUUUCCUUUUUUACAGUUAGCUUAUAAACUCGUCAAAGUGGCAGCACUUUAAGCAGUAAACAAUUUCUAGUAUGUUUACCUUGGCCUUAAUUAGUAUGCUUCAAUACUUUUGUAAAUACUGACUUUCCCUCCUAGUCUAGCUUUGAAGUUUUGCAUUUUAUGUUAGACUUUGUGGUUAAUGCAUUAGAAUCUGUCCCAAAGUUAGGUCUCUCCAUCAAUGCUCAAGACUAUAUUGUUACCUCAUUACAUGACAUUACAGGAUAUAGGUCAUGGUUAUUGUUAAUUAUAUUUAUUCAACUUGUUGGGACCAGCAAUGGAGAUUUAAUAAAUGAUUCAUUUUUCAUAUUUAAAAAAAAACUACUUCAUAAUAAAACAAUAAGCCAUAAUAUACAUGAAAAAAAUAUAACCUGAUAUCUAAGCAUUUUUAUAUUAUUUUUGCAUAUUGAUUUUUUAAAAUAGUAUAUUUCUUUACUUUGUGUAAUUUUUUAUUUUUUAUUUUGUAAAUAAUUUCAUGCCCUAAUUUUUUCCACUGUACAUAAGUUAAAUAUGUUUAAAAAAAUAAAUGACUCUGUGUUACCAUGGUAAUGAUGUAAAACUACUGCAAUAUAUGACCUUUUUUUUUCUUCUUGUACAUUUCUAAAUGUUGUAGGAAUUCUCUUUUCUAGAACACAAGCGGUGUUUACAAACAUCUGAAAUGCCCGACAAUUCUUCAGAUACAUUAAUUAGCGUUACUUCUUCUGGUUCUCAACAAUUUUAUUGUUUGUGACCAAGUUUUAUCUUUCCAAGCUGUGAGAAAAGAAAGUUGGCCAAACCCAGCCACAUCAGUUAAAAUCCUGGCAUACAAAGGUAACUUUAUAAUGUGCCUCAAAUUUUAUAACAAAAUUUUUUCUUCUUGUGCUUAUUUCACUCGCAAUGUAUAGUGUCUAGUUACGAUCACAUACCAGUAGAUCAAUGACCUGUAAACUUUGCUGGUGCUCGGCUAGUGUCCUCUUUUUAUAGUCCAAUCUCUUUUACUGCUAGAAAAAACUAUUGGAUAAUGCCAUUAAAUUGUUUUUUUUUUUUUGCUUAUUGUAGUCGCUCAUUUCUUUCGUUUAGAUCUAAAUAUUAUCAGCAAUUUUAGGGACUUUUUGGAGGGUUCAUAAACUCACAAGCUGAUUAGUAGCAGUAACUGCACCUUUCAAUGCAAAACUGAAGUUGGCAUAUAUAAUUCUUAUUAAAAAAAAAUAUGUUUCUGGCAUAAAAGACAAAAAUAUUUUUAAACUUAUGUUUUAUAUAUAGUAUUAUAUUUUAUACUGAUAGUAUUAAAUACAAUUCCCAACAGUUAACAAAAUAGCAUCUAAGCUGUUAUCUUAGUAAGCUAUUCUGAAGAAUACAAAUACAUAUCAUAAUAUAUAUGUAUAUAUAUAUAUCUUUGUCAUUGCUAUGUAUAUUUUUAACACACUCUGACCUAAUUCUAGUUUAGUUUCUGUACAAAGCCUUCCUAUAAUGUAAGAAGUAUAAUCAUUAACUGUUUUUUUCUUCUCAACUUGACAAAGCACAUUUCAGCUUCUAGUAUUUACUAUAAAAAUUAAAUGGACUGUGGUAUAAAUGACAUUGAUUAGACUUAACAGGCAUGGACACUAUUUGGUGUACAAUAUAUAGUGUACAUAAUGGAAACAACACUAGAACGAUAAAGUGUUUUGUCAAGUUACCAUUAUACAUUUUGUAUAAAUAGACAUGGCUUCACACCAAUCAUGUUUACUGUUUUAAAUCUCUAAAUGUACAUCAACAUUCCAAGCUUGUUAGGAUGCCAAUCAUGCCAUAGAUAUAAAUGUUUUGUAUAUAGUAUGACAUUUCUAUUUCUGCAUAUUAUGGUGUAUAUAUUUGUAUUUAAUAUUCCUUUUAAUACCUCUGUAUUUACACAAUACAAGUUGAACAAUUACAUUCCAUGUUUUUUAUUCACAACUUUUGUACAAGAGGCAAUCUCAGACAGCAAUCUGCUACAGAUUUUUAUUUGUUCUUUAUUUUUAAUCUUUUUUCCACUGUUUUAUGACAUUUGGCUUUAUGUGUAUAUUUCAUAGGCUUAAAUAAAGUUGAUUUAAAUUUCUAAUUCUCAAAAGACAAAAAAAAAUGUUAGGAAAUAUGUGAUAAGUAGUCAUUGAUUCAAAUGUAUGACUAGAUUGACACAUAAAAUGCCUAGGACGUAAUCAUCUUCUUUUUUGACGUAAUGUCUUUAAUGUAAUGUAUAAGGUAACUUCUGAUGUUACAGCCUGGUUGUUUGGUAUGUCCUCUGGACUGUUGUUGUAAUGGUCCUGGGUUUGAACCUAACCAACUGCAUUCCCCCACAGUUAUGGGGUGAGGUUUUGGUCAGAAUGUAAUCUCAGAACAUUUGAAUUAUGUAAAACUACACAAAACAGAUGAUUUUAUGCCUGGGGACUUGAGUUGUUUUUAACUAGUAUAAGCUGGUCUUGAUAAAUGAAUUAAAGCAGCUGUGGUUAUCCUAUGUGUUUCUUGAUAAAUGAAUUAAAGCAGCUGUGGUUAUCCUAUGUGUUUCUUGAUAAAUGAAUUAAAGCAGCUGUGGUUAUCCUAUGUGUUGGUGUUGAUUAAUAAUAAUAAUAAUAAUAAUAAUCUUUAUUAUCCGUAAGGAAAUUUGUCUUACAAUUUGUGCAUUACUUUCAUCUUGAAUGAUUAGUAAAAUACUAGUACAGCCAAUUACUCUUUUUUCUAGUCUAUAGUCAUGUUAUUAGACCACAUGUAGUUAUUAGUGUUCCCAACUUAAAAUUCAGUUUGUCAGGGUACCAGUAGCAGAAAUAAAUGAACUGAAACAAGGAGAUGAAGGAAAUGAAAUCUGAAUGUUAAAGUGAAUUUAAUAAACUUAGUCUAAUACAGUUUCAGUUUUGAUUCUAUUUUAGCCUCCUAAUAUCUAUUCUAUUUUUUUUUCCGUUUUUAAUUUCAGUUUCAGAAUAUCCAUAUUAGUUCAUUAAAAUAGUUUGAAACAACAAAAUCAUUUUGACUCUCGAGUCAGUUUCUAAUGCUAAUUACUUAUUUAUUCUUCGAUCAAUGUUCUCUUUAUUUCUUUACUACCGAACUUACACAAACUAGAACAAAACCCAAAGUUUGGAUCUACAUUCUGUAAACUGUCCAAAUAAAAGUUACUCGAGUAAAUGAUCCAAAUCACCAGCUCUGGCUAUUUUUUACUAUUAGAAAAAUUUGAAGGCUAGACUGUAAAUAUUACUAUGACUGUCACUGAACUCUUCAAUGUAAUUGAACAUGGCUGUUUUUUUUAUUUUUUUAUUACUAACCUUUCUGUUGCUAUUAACAUUUUUUAUUUUUGUCAAUAAAAUCCAAGAAUGAUG